AUGGCGCCGACUCUAACACAAACGGACUCGCUCGAGGCGCAGGACCCGAAUAUCCAUAAGAAUGAGAAGAAGCAGAAGAGCAGAAGGCCUGCAAAUACGGCUUUUCGUCAACAGCGAUUGAAAGCAUGGCAGCCGAUUUUAACUCCCAAGACUGUUCUGCCACUGUUUUUUAUUAUGGGCAUCAUAUUCGCACCGAUAGGAGGACUGUUGAUAUAUGCUAGUUCACAGGUUGAAGAGUUAAUAUUCGACUACUCCAAUUGCAAAGAUGCACCUAUCGGCAAGGAUAAUGCGAAAGACGCCAGAGCCAACGUUCGAGCCUCGUUCAAAACAGAGUCGAAGGGUGAUACGCCUUAUCAGUGGUACAAGAAUGAUGACGUCGACAUUACCCUUGAUAACGGCGUGCACGUCAAUACAACCGUCUGCUCACUCAUUUUCAACAUACCAAAUGAUAUUGGGGCACCUGUAUAUCUCUACUAUCGUCUUACAAACUUCUACCAAAACCACCGUCGAUACGUCAAAUCCCUCGAUCUGGACCAGAUGAAGGGUGUUGCCGUAUCAAACGCGACUAUUGGAGCCGGCACUUGUGACCCCCUACGACUUGACCCCAGCGGCAAGGCAUACUACCCAUGUGGCCUGAUUGCGAACUCCGUGUUCAAUGAUACGAUAUUGGAACCUAAACGUAUUGGCGGCGGUAAUGACGGAAACCAGACAUACCCCAUGACUAACAAGGGUAUCUCCUGGUCGUCCGAUAGGGACCUUUACAAGCCCACAAAAUAUACCUACUCUCAAGUCGCCCCGCCUCCAAACUGGGUAAAGAGAUACCCAGACGGAUACACGGCGAAGAAUCCGCCACCAAAUGUCCAGGAAUGGGAAGAAUUGCAAGUUUGGAUGCGUACUGCCGGUCUACCAACUUUCAGCAAGUUAGCCAGACGAAAUGACGGAGACCGAAUGCUUGCUGGAUCCUACCAGAUUGAUAUCCACGACAACUUCAAAGUUGAUAUUUUCGGUGGCACCAAAUCUAUCGUGCUCACUACACGAAGUGUUAUGGGUGGCAAGAACCCAUUCUUGGGAAUUGCUUACGUGGUCGUUGGUGGAAUCUGCAUUGUCCUUGGAACAAUCUUCACAUUUGUCCAUUUGGUUAAGCCAAGAAAACUCGGUGACCAUCGCUACCUCACCUGGAACAGCGAAAAUGACGGCACAGGUGCAGCAACAGGAGCAUCAACUACACCAAAAUCGUUCUUCAAUUUCCGAAGGCGAGGUUAA